CACAGGGGUCAUGGGGGGGCUCCGGGCAUGGGCCACCCCUGGAGCACCGGGGCCUGGUGGUUUUGGAGCGUGGCGGUGCCAGGGUUGGUUGGAGUUGGGGCUCAGAGCACGGGAAUAACGGGAUCGUCACUGGGGCCGAGAGGCUUGGGACACUGUCACCAGGCGUGGGGCAUUGGGAGUAUGGCAGUACCGGGGACACUGUCACCAGGCGUGGGGCAUUGGGAGUAUGGCGGUACCGGGGACACUGUCACCAGGCGUGGGGCAUUGGGUGUAUGGCGGUACCGGGGACACUGUCACCAGGCGUGGGGCAUUGGGAGUAUGGCGGUACCGGGGACACUGUCACCAGGCGUGGGGCAUUCAGAGUAUGGCAGUACCGGGGGUGUCGCUGGAUCUGGGGGGCUGCACGCACUGAGGGCGUCACUGGGCAUGGGGGCUCUGGACAUGGAGUUAACCGGGUGCCACCAGGGCUGGGGAGGCUUGGAACAUGGAGAUACUGGGCUGUCACCAGGGUGGGAGGACGCGGAGCAUGGGGUCACCAGGUCUGUCACCGUGUGUGGGGCACAGAGCAGGGUCAGGGGUGUGGAGGUGGUGGGGAUGUCAUUGGGACUGGAGGAGCUCAGGGCUUGGAGGUUCCAGGGGCAUUCCUGGGGCUGGAGAGGCCUGAAGGAAGGGAGUAAUGGGAUUCUUAGCAGGACACUGGGGCUUGGGGGUGUCACCACAGCUGGGGGGAAUUGGGGUAAAGAGAUAAUGGGGGCGUCACCAGGCUCACAUCACGAGGUUGACACUGGGGCUGGGGAGACUCGGGACAUGCAGGGUGCUAAUGGGGCAGGGACCUUGGGGCAUACAGGGGCAAUGGGGGGGUGUCCAGACUGGGGUUCCAUCCCCCGAUGAUCCUGGUGCUGGCAGCCUGGCAGCGUCCCUACCUGAACAUCUUCAAGCACUUCCGUGUGGAGGAGUGGAAGCGCUCUGCCAAGGAGGGGGACGUGGCUGCCCUCACGGACACGAGGCUGAAGGGAACAAUCUACCGAAUCCGAGGCUCCAACCCAGCCAGCAGCUACCUGCAGCUGCCACGAACAGGGACACAAUCCCUGGGGCUCACAGGGCGCUACUUCUACCUGCUCUUCAGGCCCCUGCCCCGCAAACACUUCCUCGUGCACCUGGAUGUCACCACCGAGGAAAACCAGGUGGUUCGCAUCUCCUUCUCCAACCUCUUCAAGGAAUUCAAAUCCACGGCCACCUGGCUCCAGUUCCCCUUCGUCUGCGGAGCAGCCAACGAGGGCACGGCCCGGCGGGGUGCUGCUGGAGCAGCCCCGGCUGACGUGCGCUGGACGUGCCUGGUGCUGGACCUGCCCUCCAUCCUGUCCCUGUACCUGAGCCGCAGGUACAGCCACCUCAGGGGGGUCAAACUCUGCUCCAACCUGCUCGUGAAGAACCUCUGCACCAGCGACCUGCUGUUCGAGCCAGGUGUGACACUGGCAGAGGCCCGGCUCAGUGACCUGUCCUGCCGCGGCGUCGCUCCCAUGCCCCGGGAAUUUGCCUUCCCUGUGCCCAAGGGGCAGAAGUGGCACGACCUCUAUGACUACAUCAGGUUCCCAUCUGAGGGAGCUAAACUGCUGCACAACUCCAUUCAGAAGAGCUUCCCACAUCCUGUGGCAGGUGACCACGUCCUGGAGGAGCCCAGCCACCCACUGACCCAGCUGGUGACACUCCCCCGAGCAGUCUGUGACCGCCUGUCCCAUGUCGAGCACAUAACCAGGCCCAAAGCUGUGCCACAUCAGUGUCCUGGAAUCACGAAAAGCAUCCCUGAGGUUCACCUGGCAGUCCCAGGGCCUCUGAGAGCUGUGCCUGCUGGAGAGGAGAGACAGAGGCUGCACGCUGUGGGGGACACGGGACAGCCACUGCCGCUCAGUGAUGAUGGUGGCAUCCAUGUCUAUGCUCAUCAGAGCGGGGGACACACAACCCCAGCUGCCCCUGGCUCAGAGGAGGGGCUUGUACCAGAUCCCAUCCUGAAGCUGAGAGCAAUUAUUGGCUUUGGAGGCUGCAACAGCAAAUGGGCUCUGUGGACACGGGACAGCACGGCUGUGGUGUACCCCUGCCACGCCGUCAUCGUCGCCCUGCUCCUCAAGACUGGCGAGCAGAGGUUCUUCCUUGGCCACACAGACAAGGUGUCGGUGCUGGCGUUCAGCGGGAGCAGCACCUUGCUGGCCUCGGCACAGGCCGGGCCCCGCAGCGUGGGGCGAAUCUGGGACUUCCCCACAGGAACCUGCCUCUGCCUCUUCAAAACCUACCUGCAGUCCCUCGUGUCCCUCAGCUUUUCCCACAGUGGAGCUGUUCUGUGUGGUGUCGGGAGGGAUGCGCACAGCAAAACGAUGGUGGUGGUGUGGAACACUGCUCAGGUGACCCGUGGUGGAAGUGUGACUGUGCUGACCAAAACACACACAGAUGUGGACAUCCAGGCUAUGAAGAUUGCUUUUUUUGAUGAUACCAGGAUGGUGUCGUGUGGCCGGGACAACAUCAGGCUGUGGCGAGUGCGGAGCGGAGCCCUGCGCUCGUGUCCCGUCAAGCUGGGCGAGUACCAUUCCCUGGACUUCACCGACCUGGCCUUCGAGGAGGGGCCGGGGCUCGAGCAGGACCCAGAGGACCGUGCACUCUUUGUGUGCAGCAGGAGUGGCCACGUGCUGGAGGUGGACUACAAGAAUGUCUGUGUGCGGAGUGCACGGCGCCUGCUGCCAGCACAGCCCCAGGAGGACGGGCAGGAACAGGCAGGGAACAGCUCAGGCCCUGGCAUUGCUAUAACCAGUAUCAGCAUGUCCCUGACCUUCUGUGCCACGGGAUCAGAGGAUGGCUACGUGAGGCUGUGGCCACUGGACUUCUCAGCUGCUGUCCUAGAGGCAGAGCAUGAGGCUUCAGUGAGUUCUGUCUGCAUCAGCCCAGACAGACACAAAGUCCUGUCCACGACAGCUACUGGGAAUGUGGGCUACCUGGAUAUCCAGGCCCGGGGCUACAACACGCUGAUGCGCUCUCAUGAGGACUCUGUGCUGGGCUUCUCAGUGGAGGGGAAGUGGAGGCAGAUAGCAACAGUGUCCCAGGAUAACACCAUCCGAGUGUGGGACCUCGCCUCCAGGCAGCAGCUGUAUGACUUUUCAGCUGCAGAGGAAACUCCCUGUACCGUGGCCUUCCACCCCUACUGGGAGAUCCUGGCCUGUGGCUUCGACAGCGGCGUGGUGCGGACCUUCAGCCUGACUGCCUCUGACCUCCUGCUGGAGCACAAGCAGCACCGCACUGCGAUCACCGGCCUGACCUUCUCUCCAGAUGGCAAUUUGAUGUUCAGCUCCUGCUUGCAGGGAACUCUGGCUCUGUACAGCUUUUCAGCACGGAAAAUCCAAGUUCUGAGAGUCCUGGGCAAUGUGGUGGCCCGGGACGCUGGCGGUGGCGUGGACACUCUGGUGGUCAGUGGGGACAGUCGCCUGCUGGCCUUCGUGGGGCCCUCCAAGUACGUGGUGACAGUGAUGGAGGCCUGCUCACUCGAUGAGCUGCUGAGGGUGGACAUCAGCAUCCUCGACCUGCACAGCACCAUCUUGGACUCUGCAGUGAAGGUCUGCUUUGGUCCUGUGCCUCAGGGUGAGCUCCUGGUGUCCACUUCUUCCAAUAAAAUCCUUGUGCUUGAUGCAAAAACCGGACGGCUGGUGCGAGAGGUGUCCCCUGUGCACAGGCUGACCUGUUCCUCCUUUGCACUGAGCAAGGAUGGCCAGUACCUGCUCACUGCUGGUGACAAGGUCAUCAAAGUGUGGGACUAUCGGAUGCGCUUCAACAUCAACUUCCAGGUGUUCAUCGGCCACUCGGAGCCUGUGCGCCAGGUCGCCUUCACCCCAGACCAAGAGCAUGUCAUCAGCGUUGGGGAUGCCAUCUUCCUCUGGGAUUUCCUAGCUCCACCUCCAGUCAAGUCAUCCCCAGCCAGGGCUCGUUCCCCCGUGUCCACUCUGCCGCUGAGGUCAGACAGCAGCUCUGAGCAGCCCAAGGAUGUCUCUGAGACCCCUCGGCCGACAGUGCCUCUUCCACUGCUGUCCUCCCCACCAUGUUUGGAUAUCAGCCCUGUCCACCCAGCAGGAUUUCAAAGUAUUUUCUCUGAGUCGGACAGGGAGGAGGAAGCAGACCUGCCAGGCAACAGCAGGAAGGUGGCAAAUGGGAACAAAGAUGCCUCAGUCCUUGUGGUGGAAUCAGAUGGGAAUGAGGAGCCAAUUGUGAGGCCCAAAGUGAGGCUGGAGAGCCCGAGGUCUCCUGAAAAACCAGCAAACGAACCCAGGAAGGGGACCAAAACUUCCAAGUCCCAGUGUUCCAUCCGCCCGGAUUCCUACCGGCAUUUCACUCCUCGCUUCAAGGCAUCAGUACUCCCCCAGAGUUUCUUGUCUCCUCCAGCAGGCAGUGAGGUGCUGAAGCUGAAAGCAGUGAUUGGCUACAACGGGAAUGGCAGAGGGAAUAUGGUGUGGAACCCGGAUACAGGCUUCUUCGCCUACUCCUGUGGCUGCGUCAUCGUGGUUGAAGACCUGCACUCGGGGUCCCAGAACCACUGGCUGGGCCACGCCGAGGAGAUCUCCACGCUCGCCCUCAGCCACAAUGCCCAGGUUCUUGCCUCUGCCUCAGGGAAGAGGGAUGGAGACUCCCACUGUCAGAUCUGCAUCUGGAGCAUCCAGGAUGGGGCCUGCACAGCAGAGCUGUUCCACCAUGAGACACAAGUGCAAGCCAUGGCAUUCUCCUGGGAUGACAGAUUCCUUGUCACCAUAGGGGACUACAGUGACCAGACCAUGGCUCUGUGGAGCACCCACACCUAUGAGCUCAUGCUGUCCACUCAUAUCUUGGAGCCUCUCCAUGACAUGGCUUUUAGCCCUGUCUCUCACCAACACCUGGCCUGUGUGGGGAGGGGAGCUGUGAUGUUCUGGCUUUUGGAGCAGCAGGGAGAUGCUUUCAGACUCAAGGUUCAUCGAGCCCCUGCCCCGGACGUGCUGGGGCUGGUGGAGCUGACAUCUCUCUGUUACGGUGCUGACGCUCUCCUUUACAGUGGGACCAACUCAGGCCAAAUCUGUGUGUGGGACACAGAGACCAAUUCCUGCUUCAUGAUGUGGGAGGCUGAUGAGGGCGAGAUCGGUGUGCUGGUGUGUCGGCACAACCGGCUGGUGAGCGGCAGCAACACAAAGCGCAUCCGCCUGUGGUUCGUGGCCACCGUGCAGGAGCUGAGGCUGAAGGGGCCUGAUGCCAGGUCUGGCUCAGUUGUGCUGGAGCACGAGAUCACCCUGGAUGGGACGAUUGUGAGCGCAGCCUUUGAUGACUCCCUGGAGAUGGGAAUUGUGGGCACCACGGCAGGGACCCUGUGGUACAUCAACUGGGUGGAGAGCACCAGCAUCCGACUCAUCAGCGGCCACAAGAACAAGGUGUCUGAGGUGUGCUUUAGUCCUGAUGAGAGUCACUGUGCCACGUGCGGGGAGGAUGGCAGCGUGAGGAUCUGGGCUCUGGGCAGCACGGAGCUGGUGGUGCAGUUCCAGGUGCUCAACCAGAGCUGCCAGUGCCUGGCCUGGAAGCCUCGUCCCGUUGGGGUGUGGCCUUGUGCCAGUGAGAGCCAGCAUGUGGUGGCAGGGUACAGUGAUGGCACUGCCCGUGUGUUCAGUGUUUCCAGGACAGAGAUGGAGCUGAAAAUGCACCCCCACGCUGCUGCACUGACAGCAAUCACCUACUCCACCGAUGGGGAAAUGAUCUUAUCAGGGGGCAAGGAUGGGAUAGUGGCUGUCAGCAGCCCUCGCACUGGAAUGACCAUCCAUGUCCUGGCUGACCACAAAGGCUCCCCCAUCACCGUUCUCCAGUGCACCAGGAAGCAGUACCACGACUUUGGGGUGGAAGGAGGGGAGCUCUGGCUGGCUGCCAGCUCCGACCGCCGGGUCAGCGUCUGGGCCUCCGACUGGCUCCAGGACAAGUGUGAGCUCCUCGACUGGCUCAGCUUCCCAGCUCCUGCUGGCCCCGAGGGUCUCGACAGCCUCCCGCCCAGCCUGGCUGCAUUCUGCCCUUGGGAACACGGUGUCCUGGUCUAUGUGGGCUUUGGGCUGCAGAAGGAAGCUUUGUUCUACAGCCUGAGGAAGAAACAGGUGCUCAGGAAGAUACCCCUGCCAGCCUUUGCCACGUCCCUCAGCCUGUCCCCAGCUGCACCUUUCAUGGCCAUCGGCUUUGGUGACCGGCUGCUGCGGCUGCAGCCCUGCCCCGCCGGGGCCCCGCAGGACUACGCGGGCCAUGACGACACCGUGCACUUCUGCUGCUUCGCACCCUCCGGCCGCCGCCUCCUCACGGCCUCCCACAGCGCCGUCCUCGUGUGGGAGCUCCCGGGCGCCUGAGCCGGGCUGGCCCCGGAGCAGCGCCGCUUCUCCAGCGGGGCCCGCCCCGCGCCAGGCCCCGGCUCCGGCCGCGAGCAGGCCCAAACCACCGCCCCCACGGCAGCAGCGGCGGCUGGCCCGCCUGCGGCCCCGCCCGGGCCUGGAAUGUGUUUCACGGCCCCGUUCGCCGUUUGUUGCCGUUCAAUGUUUUGUUUUGUUAAUAAACCAUGGAAGGAGGAACGCUGGCGGUGUGGUGUGCUGGCCCGGCAGGGGGCGCUGUGCUGCCCGCGCCG